AUGCUUUCAAGCCCUAACGACGAGUCUCCUGCAAAUGUGGAAGCUGCGUUUACCAAGUGGGAAGGUUUGCAUUCAAUUCAUCAUCCCCCUGGUGAUGAUCCAAACGGUUAUGAGCUUGGUAUUGAACGCUGGUCUCCUGUCCAUACAGUGGAAAGUAUAGUUCUAAGCAUCAUUUCGAAGCUUUCAAGCCCUAAUAACGAGUCUCCUGCAAAUGUGGAAGCUGCGAAAGAAUGGAGAGAACAAAGGGGUGAAUUCAAGAAAAACGUGAGUCGUGUAAGACGAUCACAAGAAAUGUUGUAG